AUGCUUGUCAACAUGUGUACGAGAAGGUGGUUUUUCCUACGGGCUGCUCUAGGAGCAAGAGUCCGUGCUAGCAUAAGGCCAGCUUCAUCUCAAACCAAAGGUGUUGUCCUCAUUACAGGCUUUGGCUUUGCUCCCUCUCCGUUUUCUAUCAGUCCCAGGUCCCCAGGCUGCCUUGGACAUAUUCCCGAAGGGAUCCCAUAUGUUGGGCAAUGGACAUCAUCUGCUGGGAGUGCCAGCUCCAUGGACGAUGUUCCCUUGAUCGAGGCCACUUCCCACGGGCACUUGGAAUGCGUUAAAUACAUCGUUGAAGAACUCAAUGUAGAUAUGGAAGAACUGGGUUCAGCCUGUAUCAGCGGAUUGUAUGCGCACGGAGUUCCCGCCCUGUGGUGCGCUGCUACGCUUGGCCAUCUGCAGAUCGUCGCCUACCUGUUGUCCAGAGGCGCCAAUGCCAACGUUUCGACUACUUCUAGCAUGACUCCUUUGCGGGCCGCGUGUUACCAAGGUUUCAUCGACAUUGCCAGAAUUCUCGUGGAACACGGAGCGGGGCCACAGAUAGGGCUUGCAAGUACUCCAGUGUUGAGUAAAAUAAAAUUUACAUACUUGAUCCACCUGCCUGAUGCUCGCCUCCGCCAAUGGCCAUCACGACUUGUGAAGUAUCUCGUUGACGUCGGGGCUAACGUCAACAAGAAGAAGACAGACGGGAAGAGCGCGCUGCACGCAUGCGCAGAAUCGGGACACCUCGAAGUGGUGAAGGUGUUGAUGAACAGCAACGCUCGGGUGGAAGUCGAUCGUUCAGGUAUAACGCCAUUAAUUGCCGCUAGCGUUCUUGGUGAUGAGAAAAUUGUAACGUAUCUUACUAAAAUAAGGGACAUUCCCAUAAGAGAGAGGAUCGACGCUCUGGAACUUCUCGGGGCUACUUUUGUCGACGAGAAGAAUGAUAUGGCCAGUGCUGUCAGGUGCUGGAAAUUAGCAAUGAGUCGGAGGUAUGUGGACGGCUCCCUCACCUACCCCAAAGCUACGGAGGACCCUGGGACGUGCGAGAACAUCAAAGAAAUCACGACCCUUGAGCAACUAGAAGGCAUAGAGUCGAACCCAGACGAGAUACGAGUGCAGGCCCUCCUCGUGAGGGAGAGGGUUGUAGGACUCUCCCAUUUUCGCACACUGCGACAUAUCAGGUCCAGGGGCUUCUAUUACGCGAAUAAGGGCGAUUUCAAAAGGUGUUUCGGCCUCUGGAUGCACGCCGUCGACGUGCGGCAGAAAAAUCAAGAACCUUUAGACCACAGCAGAAUGUUACUCCUCAAUUCAUUCACUGAUGUGUUUACGGCUUUGAUCCACAGGAGACAAGCGCACUGCAGAAACUGCACCCCAGUCAAGUACUUCGGGGAUCUUGUGAAUCUAUUGCAAAGAUUGACGAAAGAAAUAGACUUUAUCUCGUGCAAGAUGAAACCCGGCGAUAAAUUUGGACGUGGGAAGCUUUCCAACGACUUACACUUCCUUUUCGUCAUGUCAAUGCACUACGUAUCGCUGCUGACAAAAUUACGCCCCGACCUCUCCGAGGCCCAGUGGGACGCGGUGAAGAGAGCCGUGCACCAGAUAGUGAAGAGGGACCCCAGAGGUCUGUCGGGCUGGACCCUUCUCCACAUCGCUUGCAGGGGAGGCUUCGCGAAUCGCGCGCGCUCCCUGCCUGUCAUCGCCUUCCCCAGCCUGGAAAUUGUGCACCUCUUGCUGGAGGUGGGCGCUGACCCUCUGGCGACGGAUCAGAUGCGUAACACUCCCCUCCACGCCCUCGCCGACAAUACGGAGAAUCUCAGCGAGAUACUGGAUGCUCUCCUAGAGGCCGGCGCUCACUUAGACGCCACCAAUCAACUGGAGCAGACUUUCGGGUCUCUGAUGACUGCUCGAGGUCAAGAUAUCUCUAGUAUGGUCAACGUUGCGCGUCAUACGUCCCUACAGUGCCUGGCUGCUGCGGCUGUUCGGAAACAUGACAUCCCUUACAAGACGAUCUUGCAGCCGCGACUCUCGCAGUUUGUGGACAUCCACUGAUCGCUGUCGUUUUGUGUUAGAUGCUGGAAUCAAAUCUGUCUUUUGUUCCAUCUUACGAUUACUCAUGAGACAUUCGCAGAUACCAUUCUAGCAGAGAAUUAGUAUGAGAAUGCGUAAAUUGAAAGGAUUAUGUGAAUACGAC